AUGAAACAAAUUGAUAAAGAUGAAGAUAAAAUGAAAGAAUUUGAGAAAGAAGUAAUGAUGUUAGAUAAAAUUCGAAGUGAAUAUAUUAUUCAUUUUUAUGGAGCAGUAUUUAUUCCUAAUAAAAUAUGUAUGAUAACAGAAUAUGCAAAAUAUGGAUCAAUACAAGAUUUAAUUAAUAAAAGAACAAAUACGGAAAUACCUAAUAAAAUAAGAAUUAAAUUCAUGAUAGAUGGAGCAAAAGGAAUUUCAUAUCUUCAUUCAAAUGGAAUACUACAUCGAGAUAUUAAACCAGAUAAUUUUCUUGUUGUAUCAAUUGAUGAUAAUAUUGGAGUUAAUUGUAAAUUAACAGAUUUUGGAGCAUCAAGAAACAUUAAUAUGAUGAUGACAAAUAUGACAUUCACAAAAGGGAUAGGAUCACCAAAAUACAUGGCACCAAAAAUAUUAAAUUGA